AUGCAAUGGAAAGUCUUAGCUGAAAUAUAUAAUAUUGAUGCUCUUAUACAACGUGUAUGUGAAAUUGAGGCAUAUUGCAAUCCCCUCAAACAAAAAGAUGAUAUUAAGGAAGAUAUACAAGAUGAAUACCUUAAACACAAAAUAUGUUUUAUGAAUUUGUACAACGAUAUAAACAAAUAUAUGGAAAAUUAUCAGAGCCAUGAGAUUCAACAUGAUAAAAUCAUUAAAAGAAUUCAAAUAGAUGAUAUGAUAAAGAAACUACAAGACGAAUUAGAUACUUUAUAUAAAAUUAAUAGAACCCCAUCUUUAAAAUUGAUAGGUAGCAAGUACUCUUUUAAACAGAAACGUGCAGAAGAAAUUCAAAAUCUUAGAGAUGAAUUAUUCAUAGAUAUAAUAAAUAGGUAUAAUCAAUUAUUUCAUGGUUCAAAAGUAGAAACUAGAAAAGUGCAGACUUUAAAGUCUAUUCAAUCAAGACACAACACUGAGACUUUUUGUAAUAAAAAGUCGAGUUCUUAUUUUAAGGAACUUUCUAAUACAGAUAAGGAAACUUUAAAUUGUUGGCAUAUGAAAUCAAAGGAAUUAGAUAAGGAGAUAGAAGAUAUUGGAAAUAUAGCUUUGCGAAUUAGUGAAAGAGCUGAGAAGUUAACUAAUGAAUCUGCAAAACACAAACAUGUAAUUGAAGAUAUUGUUUCACAUGUUAAAUUCACAUCUUCUGAAGCAACAAGUGUUAAUGCAAGUAUAAGGAAACUAAUUAGGACAAGUAGUAAUGUUACUUUUUGUUGUAGGAUUAGUCUUACUGUUGCUACUAUGGUAGUAGUAGCAGUUAUUAUAGUUUUAGCUAUUAAGAAGCUUGUAUAA